GAAAUACAAUAAACGUACUUAAUCCUGCGACCCCAUGACAGAACAACUUCUUUCGACCAAAAACGGAAGUCAGCCUUAUACAUGAGUUACAGGAGGAACAACAUUUCCCAGAAUGCAACGCGCUUUCUAGUGACAUCCAUGCAACGAUGAGGUGAAGCGGUUGUUUUCGUCUCUACGGUUGUGAUUAGCUACCUGGUAAUUGAGAUAUAACACUGUUACAUCGGUAUUACCGCAGUGCCCGCGUCCUGUAGGACACCCGUUUUAUCUGGAAUUACUGCCAGAUCGAUAACCACACCCCUGCCGUGUUUUCGGUGAGUUUAUCGCCAUGUUAUCAUCUGUUCCCACCAGGCUAAUUGCACGAAGGUCGCGCAGCGUGUCACCAUGCAGUCGAGUCCUCAAGACCAGCGCAGGUGCUGCUGCAAGUCAGGGCUUCAGAGAGACAGCCACGGAGACCAACCGCAACCCCAUCGUGUCCACCUCACGGGUCUCGGGGAGGGGUAUUUUAGCUGAUGAAACAGCUGGUAGUGGUACCAAUGUGAACCCGACUGUGCAGUACCAUCACCUCGCCCCUAGAUGGCUGUCCAACCUGGAGAACCGCCGCAGCUCCUGGGCGGCUCUGGCCAGCAGAGGGCACGACAACAACCAGUACUGGGAGGAGAGCGGGCAGAGGGGGCGAGGUGAGAGCCGGGGGACAGGUGGAGGGUCCAACCGAGCAGGAGUGGCUUCUGUCGGUGUUCUGUCUGCUGCAGCCGUGGCCUUCUGCCUGAAGAAAGAUUCAGAUAAUAAAGGCGAUUCACUUCUGGAGGCAGCAAGGACAAAUAACUCCCAAGAUGUGGCCAGGCUGUUGAAAGAAGGUGUCGACCCAAAUCACCAGCAUCGUCUAGGUUGGACCGCUCUCAUGGUGGCUGCCAUGAACCGACAGCACAGUGUGGUGAAGGUUCUGCUCGAAGCCGGUGCCGACCCGAACGCUGGAGAUCACUUCAACAAUGUUUACGACACCUCUCGGGAGAAAGGCAUCCACUCACUGGAAGUCCUCGUAUCCAGAGAGGACGAAUUCAGCAGCAGGCUCAGCAGCAGGGCUGGUUUCCGUGGUUGCACAGCGCUUCACUACGCCACACUGGCUGAUGAUCCACACACGGUUCGCAUGCUGCUUGAGGCUGGUGCAAACCCUCUGCAGACCAAUGGUUUGGGACACACAGCGCGGGCCUAUGCGAAGGAGGGUGACGUGAGUGCAGUGCUGCAGGAGUGGGAGGGCAAGUUCCAGGAGGCACAGGCUCGGCGGGAGGCAGAGGAGAGGAGGAGGUUCCCCCUGGAGAGGAGGCUGAAGGAGCAUAUCAUCGGACAGGAGGGUGCCAUCAACACUGUGGCCUCAGCUAUCAGAAGGAAGGAGAAUGGCUGGUACGAUGAAGAGCAUCCUCUGGUAUUCCUCUUCCUCGGCUCAUCAGGAAUCGGCAAGACUGAGUUGGCCAAACAGGUGGCUCGCUACAUGCACAAAGACAUCAAAAAGGGUUUUAUCCGCAUGGACAUGUCAGAGUUCCAGGAAAAACAUGAGGUGGCAAAAUUCAUCGGCUCUCCUCCAGGGUAUGUGGGUCAUGAGGAAGGUGGUCAGCUGACGAAGCUGUUGAAGGCUUGUCCCGAUGCCGUCGUCCUGUUUGAUGAAGUAGACAAAGCCCACCCUGACGUUCUUACAAUCAUGCUGCAGCUCUUUGAUGAGGGUCGCCUCACAGAUGGUAAGGGGAAGACGAUCGAGUGUAAAGAUGCCCUCUUCAUCAUGACUUCUAAUGUAGCGAGUGAUGAAAUCGCUGAGCAUGCACUGCAGCUUCGCCAAGAGGCUGAGCAGGUCAGCCGCAGAAAGCUGGCCGACAACCUGGAGGAUGUACAGAAAACUGAUGACGUCAAAAUCUCUCGACAGUUUAAAGAAUCUGUCAUUCGACCAAUCCUGAAGUCUCAUUUCCGGAGAGACGAGUUCCUCGGUCGGAUCAAUGAGAUUGUGUACUUCCUGCCGUUUUGUCACUCAGAGUUGCUGCAGCUGGUCAGCAAAGAGCUCAGCUUCUGGGCCAAAAAGGCUAAACAACGCCAUGACAUCACUCUUCAGUGGGAUCGGCCUGUUCUGGACCUGUUAGCUGGCGGAUAUAACAUGCACUAUGGAGCACGAUCCAUCAAACAUGAGGUUGAGCGGCGAGUUGUCAACCAGUUAGCCGCAGCCUACGAGCAGGAGCUUCUGCCUAAAGGCUGCACCCUGCGACUGUCCGUCCAAUCAGAGGACCAAGAGGAGCAGCAAAUACCCAGUCUGCGCCUCGAGGUUCUGGGAGAGGACAGCUCAUCAAGAAUGCUGGACAUCCGUCCACCACUCAGCCCUGAACACUAAACACACACAAAAAGACAGAGAUAUUAUAUUCAUAUUUAUUUACGUACACUUGCCUCACAAACACCAUCAUCAUCAUCAUCAUCAUCAUCAUCAUCAUCAUCAUCAUCAUCAUCAUACAGUGUCAGGAGGAUGGAUGGUUUUUGGUUCUUGUUACCAAUAAAAGUACCUCUGAUAACACAUCACUGCCUCUCUGUUUCAGUACAUGGUGCAGAAAUAACAUGCCAACUCUGCACAACAUGUUGCUCACUAUCUGCUAACAAGGUGCUGUAAACUGUCAAAUUUCGGUAAUAGACUGUAAAAUCUACGCAACAACAGACUUUUGGACCAGUUGGGUUGAUAUCAGGAUAAUGAACUUGUCACAUCUGUGGUUGUAAAUGUAGCAUCAAGGUUUCAUUGUGCCUGUGCAGCUUCAUCAACAUCAAACACGUUUCCAUCAGCAUAUCUAACCCAUCACAUCAGCUGAUUAAACACUACUGCAUCAUGUUGUUGUAGAUUAGCUUAGCUGUUACACUUAUUGUUCACAUUAUUGUAUAGAACACUGAAAACAGCCAAAAGAUUAAAUAUUUAUUAGAGAUAAAUAAAUGUAUAUUUAAGUUAAAAUGAAUGAACACAGUAUAUGUUACAGGAGAAGGACGACGGACAGCAAUAAAGAGUGUGAGAAACAUUUCAAGUAGAUGUUGAUCAACUGAUGUUAAAUAAAAACACUUCCAUCACUUAAAUAAGUCAUUUAUUAUAACACAAAUGAAUUAUUUUGCCAGUCUUUGUCUAUUGUUUGUGAAGGAACAGGAAGUAUGAACAACCAAAGACAGAGUGUUGCCUGUGUAUUCACUUAAAUGCACAUUUCCUCACCAGCAGAGCUUCACUGAUAGAUGUUUGUACAAAGCAAACAAAACCUGCAUUUUGUUUCAUUUCAGUAAAGAAUGAAACACUAAGCAGAAAUGUAAAGCAGCUCAUGGGAUGAUGGGUAAUAUAACUGCCAUGUGAAUUGUGAAUUCUGUUGAUGCAUGUUAAUGUGAAGGGGUCUCGUCCAUCACCGUGGCAUGCUCUGGUGCUUCGCAGGGUUGUCUGUUUGACAUUAAGAGACAUUUAGGGUCAUAAAGAAAUAAUAUUCAAAGUGUUGCUUCAUAAAUGUUUCAGGAGCAUGUUGACGAGGCGCCAAAUGUAAUCGAGCAACAUUUUUCCUUCUUGUAUCCCACCCUCCACGGCGUAAAUAAAGUGGUCACAACAAAAAGGGGAA